AGGAGCCCCCGCGGCACGACGGCCAGCUCGCGUCGACGACCAGCGCCUGGAAGGAGGCGGAGGCGCAGACGCAGAGGCUGAAGCUCAGCGUGGGCCUCUCGCCCGGCUCAAGGCUCGAGAAGUCGAUGCUCGAGACCUCGCCGCUCCUGUCUAGAACCAGGGGCAGCCGCGCGAGCGCCCCGUCCUGGCGCGCGUCGGGUGCGCCCGAGACCAUCGCCAAGAUAGCCCUGGAGAACGGCCGGUCGGAGUCGGCGGAGCGAGAGCAGGCGCGGCAGCGCGCGGACAGGCUGAUGAGCGCGCUGUUCACGCUGCGGAGGUCGAACGAUCCCCGUCCAGAAGAGCUUUCGCUGUGGCCGCACCUCCAA